AUGGCUGACAACGCUCCCCCCACCUCGUCGUCCUCCCUCCCCCCGCCUCCCCAGGCCUCUGCAGGCGUGCCCGGCCAGCAGCAGUUCGACGGCUCUCAGGGCAACGGCCAGGGUAAUCCUUCACACAUGCCUCCGCCCCCACUGCCACCCGUUGUCAUUCCCCAGAACACCAAUCCCAUCCCGACCGCUAUCACCUCACCCAUGUCCGGCAACAUGAUGUCACCCACCAGUGCCGGGGGAUACGUGCGUCGGGCUGCCCCAGAGCCCAACAAGCGCGCGCUGUAUGUUGGCGGACUCGAUGCUCGUGUGACCGAAGACAUCCUGCGACAAAUCUUCGAAACGACCGGCCAUGUGCAGAGCGUGAAGAUUAUUCCCGACAAAAACCUUCAGAGCAAGGGUUUGAACUACGGCUUUGUUGAGUACGACGAUCCUGGUGCGGCAGAACGCGCAAUGCAGACGCUCAAUGGCCGUCGAGUCCACCAAUCUGAAAUCCGUGUCAACUGGGCAUACCAGUCCAACAACAACAAUAAAGAAGACACCUCGAGUCACUUUCAUAUAUUUGUUGGCGAUCUCAGUAACGAAGUAAAUGAUGAGGUCCUGCUUCAAGCUUUCUCCGCUUUUGGAUCUGUUUCUGAGGCUCGUGUCAUGUGGGACAUGAAAACAGGGCGCUCUCGCGGCUAUGGGUUUGUCGCCUUCCGUGAACGUGGUGAUGCUGAGAAAGCUCUGAGCUCUAUGGAUGGCGAAUGGCUCGGCUCGCGCGCAAUCCGCUGCAACUGGGCGAACCAAAAGGGACAGCCCUCUAUCUCUCAACAGCAAGCAAUGGCUGCUAUGGGCAUGACCCCUACCACCCCCUUUGGGCAUCAUCACUUCCCCACCCAUGGAGUUCAGAGCUAUGAUAUGGUUGUUCAGCAGACUCCGCAGUGGCAGACAACCUGCUACGUUGGUAACCUAACACCGUACACAACUCAGAAUGAUCUAGUCCCAUUGUUUCAAAACUUUGGUUAUGUUGUUGAAACCAGAUUCCAGGCGGACCGUGGAUUUGCUUUUGUGAAGAUGGACACUCACGAAAAUGCUGCAAUGGCGAUCUGUCAGCUAAAUGGCUACAAUGUCAACGGUCGCGCACUGAAAUGCAGCUGGGGCAAAGAUCGCCCCCCAACUGGCCAGUUUGAAUAUUCUCCUCAGCAAGGCGCGAACCCAGCCUUUAAUUCCGGUACCUCCCCAUAUUUCCCCCAAUACGGUGGUCCUGGUGGGCCUAUGACCCCUCAAGAAUCACUAGGUCCCAACCCUGCCGGUCGUGGCUGGGAUCAGUCGGGUGCUAACUUUGGUCCUGGAAUGCCUGGCCAAGGCUACGGCCAAGUUCCUGGAGCCGCAGCCGGUGGGUACGGCCGCGGCCAAAACAACCCCAACUCCGGGUGGGCUCAGCCUAAUGCUGGUAACUUUGGUAAUGGCUUCGGAGGCUAUCAAGCUUAA